GGGGCGAGCCGGCAGGGGGCGGGACCCGGGCGGUUCACGUGACGCCCGGCCCGGAAGCGCUAGCCCCGAGACCCCCGAGUGACCGGGUCAGGGGCUGUAGUUUCGAGUGAUCGUGGAGGUCGCGGGGGUCCCUGCAGUGUCGCGCUCCCCUCCUCCGCCGCCAUGGCCUGGACCAAGUACCAGCUGUUCCUGGCCGGGCUCAUGCUCGUCACCGGCUCCAUCAACACACUCUCGGCAAAGUGGGCAGACAACUUCGUGGCCCAGGGCUGCGGCGGAAGCAAGGAGCACAGCUUCCAGCAUCCCUUCCUCCAGGCCGUGGGCAUGUUCCUGGGGGAGUUCUCCUGCCUGGCUGCCUUCUACCUACUCCGGUGCAGAGCUGCGAGGCACCCGGACGCCAGCGUGGAUCUCCAGCAGCCCUUCAACCCCCUUCUUUUCCUGCCCCCGGCCCUCUGCGACAUGACCGGGACCAGCAUCAUGUAUGUGGCCCUGAACAUGACCAGCGCCUCCAGUUUCCAGAUGCUGCGCGGAGCGGUGAUCAUAUUCACAGGCCUGUUCUCAGUGGCCUUCCUGGGGCGGAGGCUGGUGCUGAGCCAGUGGCUGGGCAUCCUCACGACCAUCGCGGGGCUGGUGGUGGUGGGCCUGGCCGACCUCCUGAGCAAGCAUGACGACCAGCACAAGCUCAGCGAAGUGAUCACAGGGGACCUGCUGAUCAUCAUGGCCCAGGUCAUCGUCGCCAUCCAGAUGGUGCUGGAGGAGAAGUUCGUCUACAAGCACAAUGUGCACCCCCUGCGGGCCGUCGGCACUGAGGGCCUCUUCGGCUUCGUGAUCCUGUCCCUGCUGCUGGUGCCCAUGUACUACAUCCCCGCCGGCUCCUUCAGCGGGAACCCUCGAGGGACCCUGGAGGAUGCGCUGGACGCCUUCUGCCAAGUGGGCCGGCAGCCGCUCAUCGCCCUGGCGCUGCUGGGCAACAUCAGCAGCAUCGCCUUCUUCAACUUUGCGGGCAUCAGCGUCACCAAGGAGCUGAGCGCCACCACCCGCAUGGUGCUGGACAGCCUGCGGACUGUCGUCAUCUGGGCUCUCAGCCUGGCCCUGGGCUGGGAGGCCUUCCACGCGCUGCAGAUCCUCGGCUUCCUCAUCCUCCUGACGGGCACGGCCCUCUACAACGGGCUGCACCGCCCGCUGCUGGCCCGCCUGGCCCGAGGCCAGCCCCCGGCGGACGAGGGCGAGCGAGAGAGACUGCUGGAUGCCUCGCGGACUGCCAUCAACGACACCAGCUGAGCCUCCCGCGGGGCCUCUGCUGCCACCUGGAUGGACCUCGCUCACCCUGAGGCUGAGGCCACACGGGUUCGUGAGCCUCAAGGUCCCCGUCCCCGAGGUCUCGCCCUGCCCCUCCCCACAGGCCCCCAGGACAGCUGCCACCACAGAAGACGAUGGACACCCAAGUCCUCCUUUGUCAGCACCUCCUGCAGAAAGGUGUUAGCCAGCCCCCACGGGCCCGAGUGCACUGACCGACCCCACCAAGCUCCCCCCAGGCCCCCAGGCCCCUGUGGCAACACUAGAGCAAAAUUGCAAAGUGGAAUUGCAGGAACUAAUAACCCCAGGAAUUUCUAAAUCAAGCCAAAAUUAAUUCUCCAAAAAAGAGAGGUCAGCGAGCAAAUUCAAAGCAGAACUAAGUCCCAUAUUUUUUUAAAACUUGUAAGAUAUCCCCUAACCCUGCCUGGAGCCCUGGGUUUUGCCGGCUUGGUGUGCUCCCCAGCCCACAGCCUCGUCGCUGGGGCCUCGGGGCCCUGCUCUGAAAAGCGGAUGGUGCUGACAUUGUGGCCUGGGCACCUUCCAGCCCAGCUGGGCCCGUUCUGUGGGCCUGUUUUUACCAACCUGGGAAGGGAGUGGCGCCUCCUCUCUGCCCACAGCGCCUCCUCCCCAGGCUUGUUUUGGUGUCGGGUGUCCUUGCUCGCACCCCUCAGGGCCUCCCUUCCUGGAGGAGAUCACAGGGGAAUUCCAGGCAGCCCUCGAUGGCAGCUUUUACGAACUCUGCACCUCCUGUUCUAAAGGUGAGGAAACUGAAGCCCAAAGUUAUAAGUUGUUUGGCAAGAGGGGUGUCCUGCACUGGGCUCCGGCCACGUAGCCACGUGAUCCUGCCACGGGCUGGGACCUAGAGCACAGCUGGUUCUCAGCCCCGCCCGCAGCCCCUUGACCCCGCAGGGCACCCUCCAGGGGGGUGGGUUGCCCAGGGUUCCACCAUUCGGAGUAAUUCUGGUAGCCCGGGCAUUAUAUGAAGUGCUUGGCUUUCAUUCUGUUGAGUAACUACCCCCACAGGUGGGUGCAGAUGAGGAAACCGUGGCCCAGCGAAGGCUAAAUGACUUCCUUAUGGAGCAGGCAUUCAAGAAGGGUUUGCUGGAUUCCCAGUCUGUAGCCCCACCCACUGUACUGGUCUCACUCUGGGUCUUUGGGGGAAUUUCCUGUGGCUGGGAUAGAAACGUCACGAGCUGGUGUCCUCCCAGUAACUCCCCCUCCCCCUGAGAGAGGGCCCUGGCACCAGGGACCCCAGGGAGCUGAGUGGCCCCCCUCAUUUUGUGGCAGUUUCUGGAGCCUCGGGCCGUUUUCCUGGGCAGCUCAAUCUUAAAACACCAAAUGCCUUCCUUAGAAUAGGUUCUGGGGGAGGGAUCUCUGACAAGCAAACCCCUCAGGCUGUGUGGGAAUCCAGCAGGUUAUUAAGGUUCUUUGGGAGAAGAGGGUCUUUUCAUCCCAGCAGUUCUGGGCUGCAGGGCCCCCCAAGUGUCCCUGGGCCAAGGCGUGUGUCCCAGGCAGGAGGAGAUGGAGAGUGUGGGGUGGCGGGGACGACAGCCACCUUGUCCGAAAAAACUACCUUAGGAUGUUGUUUUUAGUUAAAAAGGGGAAGUUGGCAGUACGGACUUUUCUUUAAUGAGGAAAGGAGUGCCAGGGCUAAGACCGCCCUGGGCAUUGCCUCUACAGUGUUACUGGAAAAGCUCUAAUGUACCAGAGCACAGAAGUCACCCAGCCCCUCAUACAUUAUUCAGAUGAAGAAACGAUCGCCCAGGGAGAGGGGAGAACUUCCCAAGGUCACACCGCCAGAGACAGCAAAGCCGCAUGCCCAGUUCAGCCCUCGCCCAUCCCUUUCUGCCGCAGGGAGCGUGGCCAGGAGCCUGUACCAGAAACCGGGGCUGCCCUCUCUCUGCAGGGGGUGCCCAGCCUGUGCCUCAGCCGAGCACGCCUCAGGGGGUGUUCGGGGAGCACUGGGCCUGUAUCCAAGUGCCGCCACGGGGGACUGUGUGGAUUUCAACGUUGAAGGGUUGGGGGGAUUUAUCGUGGGACUGGAGGGGUGGCAGGGCAUGGGGGUGGGGGGACCACCUCAUCAGGCCGGCCACCAGCUCCGGCAGAUCGCUUUACCUCCUGGAGCUUUGGGUCUGCACGUGUCGGAAGUGGAGAAGCCGGCCUCCCUCCAGCAGGGUGAGCAUGGACAUUACCCAAGAUUAAUAAAUUGCAGGGGCUUGUAAGGGCCAAUGCACAUGGGGUGUCAUGUGAGGCUGUUCUGUCCACCAGGGGGUCUGUCGGGCACUGAGGUCCCUGCUCAGCACACGGGCGCGCCCGCUUUGCUCAGAAAACGGGCUUCACUGUACACACCCUCAUGUGGUGGAACACAGAACUCACAGAUCAGAGGAUCAAAUAGAAGAAGACUUGGUGCUGGCAGUCGGUACCCUUCCGACCCCCCGGGACGCGUUCACUCCGUCCUUUUGUCAGGGGUGCUUUGGAGGGUGAGGUCGAGAAGUGCUGUGUGGUGCUGGUCACAUGGGCAGACCCUCCGGCUGAGUCUGGGGGGCUGUAGGGGACGUCUGUAGCUGUGGCCCUGCCGCUCGGAGCGGAGGGAGGAGGCCCAGAAUGGCAGGAGUUUGGCGCGGAGGCCCUGAGCCCCCAAAUCAGGAUUGACUGAUGGACUUCUGUAAACACCGGCUCACACACAGUGUAAUUCAAGCCUUCUGCGUUGUAGUGAACUGACCGGGCCAGGGCCCUCACAGGGCGGUCCUGGGGCUUCCUGCAGGGCUGCCCGCCAGGCCCUGAGCUACCCUUCAGGCUCCUCUCCCCAAGAAUCUGCCUGCAGGGCAGAAAUUUAGGGCCCUGCCAGGUUCUGUUCACCUUCACUUUGUCCAAAGGUCUCUCUCUGCCUAGUGUAAGCAAACAGCGUCCCGGGCAGUCAGAGCUCUGGCCCCUGGUGAGGAGGGCCGAGGACUGGAGCCAAGGGACACGUGGUAGAGGGGAAAGCAGCAGAGUCAGGAGUCGGAGCUGUGACCGCAGCCCCGCCUCUACCUGACUGGGUGACCCUUGGACAAGUCAUUUCACCUCUCAAGAUCCGGGCUACCCCCCAAAAGGCAAAAUUCCCAGCAUUCCUAAUGCGUUCCUCUCCCAACCCACUGCUAGAUCAGUAUCACCCUUUCGUACUGGCCUUGGUUUAGAGGCCGUCUGGCCUUUUGUUGACUACAUCCUUUCAAAGCCCAAAGUCAGCUGGGCAUUCUCUCUGUAGCCACGCAAGUUUAUAAAUCACCAUUCUUCUUUAAGAACUCUUGUCCAAAAAAGAUUUUCAUGAGGAAUUUCCGUCCCAGAAUUCAGCAAACUUCAUUGAGAACUGAUGUGCUCUUUGCUGUGGCUCCACCAAAGAAAACAGGAGAGACGGAUGUGUAGAGGAGGAACUCCAGCACAGCCCGCUGUGCACGAGAGGCCUUUGCACGGGGCGCGGGGCAGGUGGUGCAGGAGCGAUCAGCUACCUGCCUGGAACUCGGAGAGAGCUCCACCUGAGCCGGGUGCUGAAGGAUGGGCAGGCGGUGUUGGGGGGAGAGAAAGAGGAAGUGUUUCAGGAGGAGGGAACAGCUUGCAAAAAGCACAGAAACCUGUGUCACAAGGUGAUGUAUUCGAGAACCGCAGGUAAGUAGACUGGCAUGCCCGGCAGUGAGUGGCCAGAGGCCCGGCCAGAGUGGGGCAGGUGCCCAGAUAGUGCUGUGCCCUCCAGGCUUUGCUGAGGCGUCAGGGCUCUGCAGACGAGGGUGCCCCGGGAAGGUUACAUGAUCCAGAUUAGCUGCUUGGGAAGGCCAUCUUGUGAUACGGGAACAGAUCUGGGUAGCGUUAGGAAGCACGGAAGGCCAGUAAGAUCACCACUAACUGAUUAGGGUCUGGACUGUGGAAAUGGCGGAGAGCAUGUGCAGAAGAGCCAUUCCAGCAGAAGACCGACCUUCUGGGGCCUUGGUUGGAGGACCUUCUAUUGGGUAAAGCAGUGAUUUUCAACUGGUGUGUCGCAAGCGUUUUUAAAAUAUGCAAUGCCCAACUAGUCAGGGGCACUGACCUCUUUUCCUUGAGAUUGUCAAGUUAAAAAAAGGACAACAGCCAAUAUAAGAAUAGCCAUCUGGUGCGAAUGAAUCAAAAUUGUAUCUUUUUUUUUUGGUCAGAUCUGCAAAUAAUAUGUUCAUUGGUGUGCCACAGAAUUUUAGUAAUUAGUUCAUGUGUGCCAUGAGAUGAAAACGGUUGGAAAAUUGCUAGUGCAAGGACAUUAUGCUGAGUGAAAUACGUUCAUUCAGAAAAAA